AUGAACACUUGUAAGACAGUACUGGCUUCAACGGUAUCAAAGCACUUUCGAAAUCGUAUCAAGCGGGAAAUAUCCGAAAGGAACAUUCGUCCCAAACUGGUGGGUUUCUUAGCUAACGAAGACCCUGCUUCCAAAAAAUAUGCGGAACAAACCGCGAAAACCUUAAAAGAAACAGGUUUCGACUUUAACCUAAUCAAAGUAGACAAAGGUCAAUUGGAAAGCAGCAUUCAAAGGGCAAAUUUAGACUCAGAUGUCAAUGGCAUCAUGGUUUAUUAUCCCGUAUUUGGGGACCAGAUCGAUACCAAGUUGAAAAAUACAGUGGAUAGUUUUAAAGAUAUUGAAGGUCUUCGUCAUGUAUCGGCAAAGAAGGAGCGGAAUACAGUACCUUGUACACCUCUUGCAGUAAUUAAGAUCCUCGAGUUCAUAGGUGCAUAUAAGUCGGAUCUGCUUCACGGUCAACGCUUAAAAGAUCAUACUGUCACCAUAAUUAACCGAAGUGAGAUUGCAGGCCAGCCAUUAGCAGCAUUACUUGCUAAUGAUGGGGCCACAGUAUAUUCAGUUGACGAGCACAGUGUCCAAGUGCUUACAAAAACGCACAAGCAAGAAGAUACAGAGUUGAAAAUCUUUCAAGUCUUACCCAAAUCUGAUAUUGUCAUUACUGGAGUUCCGGCACCCAAAUACAAAUUACCUACAGAAUUAUUAAAGCCAGGCGUAAUUGCAAUCAAUUUCUCAACAUUUGCUAAUUUUGAACCGGAUGUAGUAUCAAAGGCGUCCUAUUUUGUUCCAUCUGUCGGUAAAAUGACAGUUGCUAUGUUGGAGAAGAAUCUCUUGACACUUUAUAAUCACCAAAACCCUCACCAUACCCGCCCAUAGAUUUUUUUUUGAUUUU